AUGGAUAAGGACACAGAAUUUGAAUUUACAAAAAUUGAAAAUAUUAAUUUGGAUUCAUAUGAAAUACCCAAAUAUUUUGAAGAAAUUUUGUCAGAAUUUAUUGCAAAAUUGAUACAACACAAACCAGAAAAUGUAUAUCUUUUUUCCAUAAAUUAUUUUGAAGAAAAAUUGAACAGCUCCAAAUGA